UUAAGGAUUAUUUCCACAUUCCUCUCUCUGAAGACAAACAAGGCAGGUGGUAUCUGGAGCUGAUGUAUGCUGGAACUGCUCUAAAGGACAAUUGGAGUCUUGCUGAUGUUGGAAUAUCUUUCUGCUCAACUCUCAAAUGCUCUGUUAAGGAAGAAGACAAGUCUAUUCUCUAUGUGUUCAAUGGUGUGACCCAAGAGACAAUGCUGAUAAUGGAGGGCACUUCCCUUCUUGGUAAAAAAGUGUCUGAUCUGAGAACACUGGUAACUCUGAGAUGCGGCUUCCCUGUGAGUGUUUACUGUCUUCGGACCCCAAAGGGACUGGAGAUGUACGACUGCAACACCCUUAAGGACUACCAGACUGAUAUUGGUACUGCCCACCACAUUUGAUAGCAGCUACCCCUCAGCACUAGGGUUCUUUGACACCGGAUUUUGUAGCUUUUCAAGAGAAAGUGGAAAUCUGGAUUUUUAUAU